AUGGACACUGCUAGUUCUAGCAAGCCGGAGACGAGCCUUCUUCUGAAUUCGCUGCCCAAGGAACUCCCAGCGGAGUUCUUGAAAGACAUUACAGAUGGGUUCUCCCCUGAGAGACAACUUGGCAGAGGCGCAUUCGGAACAGUUUAUAGGGGGACUCUGAAAGAUGGAACAGAGAUUGCUGUGAAGAAGAUCGGCAGCGGCUCGCUGGUGACGCCUGACAAACAGUUUCAGAAUGAGGUUGGGAACCUUAUGGCGGUCCGGCAUGACAACAUCGUCAAGCUAGUUGGCUAUUGCUACGAGAUGAAGAAAACCGUGGUGGAGCACAACGGGAGAUAUAUUAUCGCGGACACAGUGGACAGCUUACUCUGCUACGAAUACAUGAGAAUGGGAAGCCUUGAGAACCAUAUUUUUGGUAUGAUACUGCAUUUCGAGAUGGCACUUUUCAUUCUCUUUUUGUCUAUUUCUAUGUUCCUUCCACUACUUGGAGCUUGGGGUUCACUUGUUAUAGUUGCCCCUCAACUUGUGCACUGA